UCCGUCAUGGCUUGAACGGCGCGUUGUGUGUGACUGUACAAAGUUUACGAGUGAUGUUUCUACUCGCGAAACAUGUUUCAGUCGACGAAAGUUGUAUUUUUGGUGGAUGUGGCGUCGUUCUUCAGCCGCGAAGACCGACUAAAUGUCGCUGACUACCAGCAUGCCGUGAACGCGGUCAAAUACUGCUGUCUGAAGUUUCUCACGCACUUCGGCACGCACAGGACCCGGUGGGGCUACAAGUUUUACAACAGCAAUGGCCUUGCCCGUCAGCGUAUGGAGAAGCGCCUCUUCUGCGAGUUUAAUCUGGAAACGUUCGAAGAUUUCGAGGACGAUCUCGUCAGGCGAUUUGAACACUACAGGCAAGCAUGCGAUGCAAUUGAUCGCAGUGGUUCUCGCAACGUAACCGAAAAAGAUCCCCCCUGCAGUGUGCUGCGUGCUGCACUAACGCAGAUAUUCUCCGAAUACCAGUGGGACGCUCCUAGCCUUUCAUCUCCCGUCAAGUGGAAAUCAAGAAAACGCAAAAGAAACUGCGUAAGUGAAACUUGCGAAUGUGAGGAGGAUGUAAACUACGUAUUUAACAUCUCGCCUUGCCCGCAUACCGACGACGACAUUGCCGCCUUCUUGGGCAGGCCGCCCACUGUCGAUGGGGAUGUUGCGGAUGAAAUUCUUCCUACCCAUGUCCGUCGCCUGCUCUUCGCCAACGCGUCAGCCAAGUUUUUCUGGAUUGAUACGACAUCCCUGGAAGCCGCCGUUGACCAUGGCACGACGGCUAGCCCCAAGCUUCGGAGUGCUAUAACGGCUCUUGGCGGAGACGUUAUAUGCAUAACGACACUUGUUGCUGCUGGAAGUGUUUGUCUAGGCCAAGACGGACGAGUAGCGACACAAGGGCCCCUUAGUGCUGUCCCUUUUUGUGAUGUGGCCGACUUUUAUUUUUCGACUACCAUCGGGGUCAAGGCUCAACAGCAGAUGACUCCCGUAGUGUAUAACGGGACCUGCAUUGGAUCGGCUGUGCUGUGCCAGAAUUCCUCCCGUGUGACUGAGGAGCGUGUCGCUGCGGAAGACUGGAAAGAGAUACGGAUAUUGUGUAGGACAGGACAAGAUGCUAAACUGUGCAUUUUUCAGUCCACUCGGGUACAUAUAUUUCGCUGUGUUGGAACGAGUUUGCAUACAUACUCAAAGACUCCUGCCACUGCACUGAGCGAAAUACUGUCCUGUCUUGUGAAUGGCAACAGUGCACUUUUUGUUGAACUGUCAUUCAAUCACUCAUGUCUCAGACACUUUGGUUUUCUGUUCCCCAUAGACCACACUUCAUUUUCUGUGCACAUUGUUACAGAGCCAAACCUGUUGACACCAAAGGCAUUGUUAGAAAAUGCUGGUAGUGAAUUCGCAGAUGGUAACAGAGGUGUAAUGGAACAUAUUGGCAUCCUGCGGAGAAGUAGUGAUUGUACACGUUUGGAAAAGCCCUUUGCAGCACAUGUACUUGAAAGGUGGUUUGUUCCUGUUUCCAUUGAUUGUGUAACUGAUGUUAGCAACAAAUGGGAACAUUCCACCUCUCAAGACUGCAUGCUCAGAAUGCUGCGACGAGAGUACCAGACAAAAUUCCCAGCCAGCAAGGGCAAGGGUGAACAUCGACUCAUGAGUGAUCAGCCCAAACGACCAGUGUCUGCACUUAAUAUGCGGAGAUGCCUUAGUGCCUCUUUUCCUGUUACGUCUGCAUCAGAAGCCAACAUUGAAAGCGCUUCAUUUAGCCAAACUGCACCCAUUGCAACAACUUGCUGUGAUGUCGACCAACUUGUCAUUCAGCUCAAGGAAUGUUAUGAUGCUGCACUUGAUGCAGAAUUGCCAGUAUCAUUGUUAACAUGUGCCCAGAACAUUGUCAGUGUGGUCAAGCGGUUUGCUGAGAGUCAAGAAAGGGAUUUAAGUAGUGGCGAAAUUGCGUGCAAGGUGCUUAGGACUCACUUUACUUUGAGCUGUGUUCAGAUUGCAGAGAAGUAUGUGACCCUUAAAGAUGAUGAUAGCUUCAAGCGCCGUGUUCGUGAAUAUCAGCUGCAAGCUCUGUUGGCAUUGGAGGAGGAGGUGAACUUUCAACCAGCGGGCAAUUGUGUGGAAAGAGUAACAUCCCUGCUUCGAACACUUUCCUUCAUCUACAACCCAGCAUGUGCUAGUGAAUUCUUGAAAGGUGUUGUGAGCAGCACCUAUCUAGCAACCCUUAAAGACAUUCUUAUUGAGAUUGGAGAGGAACUAAACAUUCAGAUUCUUUCCACCGAGCUUGACACUUCGCUUGCUUCUGAAGGGGACCUUUUUCAGCUGGGAUCUGUUCCCUCUCUGCAGUCACAGGAGUCUUAUUUGUCAAGUAUUCCAUCAUCAAUCAUCUUACAGCGAGGUGCUGAUAAUGCUAACGCAGCAGAGAACAAAGCCUUAGCCAGAGUAGAUCUCUCACAGCCACUAGCACUUGAAAAACGUCAGAUUGUGGUUAAGCAGGCUUUCUCAAAGCACAGAGCAAAUGAUUCCAAAGUGUCAAGGAAACAUUCAAAAAGGGUAAGGACAGAGGAUGUACAUAGUAAUGAAAAUGAAGUACAUGCCAAAAAAAAUUCGCAAAGGGGCAUAAUUUCAACACCAAAAGCAAAGCGUCGCCAUGUCCUAAAGACAACAUUUGUACCAGAGACACCUCAUGGAAAACAAGGACGAAGAGCUGUUCAGCGUCGGCAAGAGCUGCUGAGGCAAAAAUGUAGUGUUACCAUCACACUGCCAGUAGUAGAGGAAACUCCUGAAAAGAAACACUUCUCUCGACCAACAACUUCACAAUCUCAAACCCCGGUUAAAUAUGCUGCUGCAGAAAUACUGAGCCAUGCUGAAGUGCAGUGUGCUCAGAGCAGCAUGACGCCAAAGAGAAGCCUACGGCCAAAGAUGCUUUUUUCUCAUGUGCAAGCAACACCCCCUGAGUGGAACAGUUCGGAAUGCCUCUUCAGUUCUCCCGUUAGCAAUGUCUCUCCUGGUGUUAUUGAGCAGGUUGAGCAGACACCCAAAAAAUUUGUUUUCAGGGGCAAUGAGGUACAGCCAGGAAAUGAACCACAGUGUACCUUGACACCACGUAGAAGAGUUUCAAAGAAACUUCUGAGUUCUCCUUCAACACCAAAGUCAGCACUUCAUUGUGUCAGCAUUGUUGAUUCAUCUCCAGCUGCCAAGCGAAUGCUCUCAAAGUCGCCAAUUGCCACUUUGAGAAGGCAAACAUUGUUUCCAAAGGCUGAAACACCAAGACAGUUGUUCAGCAUGAAGAGUCAUGAAAGCUCGCCAAUUAAGGUUGUGGACUCUUUGGACAUUGUUGUGGCAGCUGAGGUGAGCUCUGACGUCCAGUCAUAUUCCAUCUCGGCAGAACAAAUUCUACAAGCAGACAAUGAUGCCAUGCUGACUGUGGCUUCUGCAUCAUCAGAAGCCUCAGUUAGCUCACCAGUGUUGCCAGAAUGCACAUCACGCUUUACAAGGAGCAAAUCGCGGGAAACAGGCCUUUCGCCACACGAACUGUUUGUGUUAUCGCAGAGGAGCCCAGUGAAAAAGGAAAACCAUGUGUCUAAGAAGAGAGGGAACAAAACAGUGAACUGUGCUGUGCUAAAAGACAAUGACCAAACUCCAAGGCAGUGUGUGACAAAAAAAAUUUCGUACACUCCUCCUUCUGCAUUGAGUUUGUUACACCUUACUAACUCUCCCAUGCUGUUAAAAAAGAGCAAAUGAUUGUGCUGGUGGGUUGUUUUAAUUACUGCAUUUAUUUGGCUAUCUGUACUUUUAUCUUGAGUGCAUACUAAGCUUGUUCUGAACGUCUAUGUUUUUAUUUUUGCUGAAAUAAUGUAAGUAUGUACAGAAAAUGGGGUUCAGCUGACACAUCAUUUUAUACUUGAAUCAGUGUCAUUUAUUGUACAGGGAAGAGUGGUGGAUGAAUGUUUGAAAUAAUCAAGGCCAUUUUACGUAAUCAUGCA